UUGUAUUCCCUCCUCCUUCUGGGCUCUGCCUUUUCUUUCGCUUUCCUUUCCUUCAUUGAUCUUGUUUUGUUUGCGGGGGUGCCCCUUGGAAGCCGGUUCUCCAGGAAGCAUGGCGGCCAGGAAGGCUGUAGGAGGAGAGGCAGAGGCAGAGGGAGAAGGAGAGCAGAGCAGCGAGGAUUCCGAGGAAGAGUAUGACUCCACCUGGGAAGAGGAAGAGCAGGAGGAGGAAGAGCAGGAGGAAGGCCAGGGGAAGACCCCAGAGGCCAAAAACCCGGACAAGCACGGCUGGUGGUCGCCUACAAGGGCCUCAGGCAGCCAGGCUAAACAUACCCAGCUCCCUAAAUCUCUCCUCAUAAGGUAUGGUUUCCAGAUCCUGCACUCUUUUGGUUGCUCUCUUCUGGAUACACCCCAGCUUCUCAACGUCCUUUUUGAGCGGUGGUGCCCAGAACUGGACACAGUAUUCCAGGAGCGGCGAAGGACAAACCUUCCCUCCGUAGGUUUUAUAAGAUGUAAGAGCACAAACAGACGCAACUGGAUGGCAGCAAGAGAUAUGCAGAAGUAUAGGCACCAUUAUCCGGGUUUGAAAGAAGCUGAAGUCGGAGAGCAAGACAUGUGGAAUCUAAACUUCUACAAAAACGAGAUUCAUUUCUUGCCUCACGGUCUCUAUAUUGAAGACCUCCUUGAGAAGUGGCAAAAUGACUAUGGCAUUCUGGAACAAAACCAUUCAUAUAUUCAAUGGCUGUUUCCACUCCGUGAACAGGGGAUGAACUGGCGUGCAAAGCUUCUCACACAGCAAGAAAUUGAGGCCUUCAAAAAUUCCAAGGAAGUGAUGGAGAGGUUUGUUCGUGCUUACAAGCUCAUGCUGGGGUUUUAUGGCAUCAACCUGAUUAAUGAGGAAACAGGAGAGUUGGGAAGAGCAGAAAACUGGUGUGAAAGAUUUGAGAACCUCAACCGGUACAGCCACAACAAUUUACGGAUCACUCGUAUCUUGAAAUGCUUGGGAGAGAUGGGGUAUGAACACUAUCAGGUGCACCUCGUGAAGUUCUUCCUGACAGAGACCUUAGUUAAUCAGAAACUCCCAAGUGUGUUGAAGAGUGCCUUGGACUACUUCAUGUUCACGGUCCGAAACAAACAGAAGCGGCGGGAGUUAGUCCAUUUUGCGUGGCAGCAUUACAAACCAAGGCGGGAGUUUGUCUGGGGUCCACACAAGAAACUCCGGAGAUUCAAAGCCAAAGCCCUGGAAUCAGUGGCCAACUCCAAGGAUGAGAAGGACAGUGAUCAAGAAGAUACACGGGUAUCACACAUCCACUCAGAAAGAAAAGAUCUUCUGGAGGAAUGUGGAGUGGACAGUGAAAAUCUCAAGGAAUCCAAGAAGAGGAAAUUGGAAAUGAGCAGGUUAAGUGGGAAGUGCAAUGGAUCAGUGAAUAGCCCUGCUGAUAUUGAGAAGAUCUCCUGCAAUCUCAGAGAGUGUGUGAUUGGUCACAGAAGCCUGGACACCUUUCCAGCCCCAGAGGAGAGGUCAAUAGUGUUGGUGCCUGAAGAAAGCAAUGGAGAUAGUAGAAACAUAAAGGAAUCUGAAUUGGUCAGUGCGGUGGUAAAAAGACGAAAGGUUGAGGAGAUGUCACCAAGGGAUGAUGCCACAGGAAUGUCUGAGAAGGUGACACCUUCUGAGGGCCAGGCAACAAAUUGCUCCACCCUCAUUGUUGAGAAGACUGAUCAGGUCUGUCAAGAUGAAGCCAAAACAGAUGUUGAUCCUUCUGCAACUUCUCUGGCCAACUGCAGGUGCACAGGUGUGGACUUACUGGUUGAUUCCCAAAUAAGCUCUGAGCCUGGAUCUCCACUAGAUGGCCAUGCCCAGGACAAAAAACAUGAAUGAGAAACUACCUCUGCAUUGGAAAAGGAGAGAUGUCAGUCCUGUGAAAGCAAACAAACCAUUGAAAGAGAGGUUGAUGAUCACACAGAACAAAAAGAAGAGAGCAUGGAAGAAAAGAGAGAGGAUGAACCACAUGAAAAUACAGCAAAAGAAAUGGGAAACACUAUAGCAAGUCCUGAAGGCGAAAAAUAGCUUUCUCAGAUAAGGGUAGUGUAGUUCUGCUAGUGCUAAAGACAAGGCAAUAGAGCAUACAUUUUCACAGACAGGUUCAGUCUGCAGCUUGUGUGGCUAGUUCUUCCCACCUUUUUAAAAAAUAUAUAACUGUUUAUAAAGCAGGAGGGAGCAACUUUAGAGGGCCUGGGGGGUCAUUUUCACACUCCCUUAAACUUUAGCAGAUCGCAUCUGCUCAUUUGUCAAAACUAGAAGUUAAUGGCUGCUCAAUUUCUGUUAUUAAAGAAAACUGUUUCAGUUCUAAAACAGACCCACAAGGGGAGAAAAAGACUUUAAAUGGCAGUCACACGCUCCCAGAAGCUUCUGGGAGUGCAAUUGUAUAGCAAAAAAAAAAACCCCACCCAACAACAUUGUGGCAUGAGGGGGCACUGGGGAGCACACUUGGAUCUUUGGCUGGCUGUAUGCAGCGCAUGGGUGCAUCCCAGUUAUAAACUCAAGGGUAAUCUGAAUUCGAGGUAAAGAGAGGAGCCUCUAAUCUUAAAUUGGUGGCUUGCAAACCUGAUAUUCUCUGUUCUUUAAAAAGUUCUUCUGUUUCUACUUUUUUAAAUGACUCAAAACAGUCUAAAUUUUGAAUAGAAAUUUGAGGGGGAGGGAAGAAAUACACUUUCAGCCACUUUGUGGACACAUUUUCCAGCAUUUACUACGUGAUUGAGAAAAAUCCAUUUGUUAAGUUAACCUUGUUUAUCUUAAAUAAAGUCUUAACUUUUGGAUGCAAA